AUGACCAAGGCUGUUGGUAUUGAUCUGGGUACUACCUAUUCGUGUGUCGCCGUCUGGCAGAACGACCGUGUCGAGGUCAUUGCGAAUGACCAGGGCAACCGUACGACCCCGUCGUACGUCGCCUUCACCGACACGGAGCGCCUGAUUGGUGACGCCGCCAAGAACCAGGUGGCGAUGAACCCCCACAACACGGUCUUUGACGCCAAGCGUCUCAUUGGCCGCAAGUUCUCCGACUCGGACGUCCAGUCGGACAUGAAGCACUGGCCUUUCAAGGUCAUCGACCGCGAUGGCAAGCCCGUCAUCCAGGUCGAGUACAAGGGUGAGGAGAAGCUCUUCACUCCCGAGGAGAUCUCGUCCAUGGUCCUCCUCAAGAUGCGCGAGAUCGCCGAGGCCUACCUCGGUGGCGACGUCAAGGAUGCCGUCGUCACUGUCCCUGCCUACUUCAACGACUCGCAGCGUCAGGCUACCAAGGACGCCGGUGUGAUUGCUGGCCUCAACGUCCUCCGUAUCAUUAACGAGCCCACCGCGGCCGCCAUUGCCUACGGUCUCGACAAGAAGAACGAGGCUGAGAAGAACGUCCUCAUCUUUGACCUGGGUGGUGGUACUUUCGAUGUGUCGCUCCUGACCAUUGAGGAGGGCAUCUUUGAGGUCAAGUCGACUGCCGGUGACACCCACCUUGGUGGUGAGGACUUUGACAACCGCCUUGUCAACUUCUUUGUCCAGGAGUUCAAGCGCAAGAACAAGAAGGACCUGACCACCAACGCGCGUUCGCUCCGUCGUCUGCGCACUGCCGCUGAGCGUGCCAAGCGCACCCUCUCGUCCGCCGCCCAGACCUCGAUCGAGAUUGACUCGCUCUUUGAGGGUAUCGACUUCUACACCUCGAUCACCCGUGCUCGCUUCGAGGAGCUCUGUGGUGACCUCUUCCAGCACACGCUUGAGCCCGUCGAGAAGGUGCUCCGCGACGCCAAGAUCGACAAGGCGCAAGUCAACGAGAUUGUCCUGGUCGGUGGUUCGACCCGUAUUCCCCGUGUCCAGAAGCUCCUCCGUGACUUCUUCAACGGCCGCGAGCUGAACAAGUCGAUCAACCCCGACGAGGCCGUUGCCUACGGUGCCGCCGUCCAGGCCGCCAUCCUUACCGGUGACACCUCGGAGAAGACCCAGGACCUUCUCCUGCUCGAUGUUGCCCCGCUCUCGAUGGGUAUCGAGACUGCCGGCGGUGUCUUCACGCCCCUCAUCAAGCGCAACACCACUGUGCCCACCAAGAAGUCGGAGGUCUUCUCGACCUACGCCGACAACCAGCCCGGUGUGUUGAUCCAGGUGUUUGAGGGUGAGCGUGCCCGCACCAAGGACAACAACCUCCUCGGCAAGUUUGAGCUCUCGGGCAUUCCCCCGGCGCCCCGCGGUGUUCCCCAGAUUGAGGUCACCUUUGACGUUGACGCCAACGCGAUCCUGAACGUGUCGGCCGCCGACAAGACGACUGGCCGCUCGGAGAAGAUCACGAUCACCAACGACAAGGGUCGCCUGUCGAAGGAGGACAUUGAGCGCAUGGUCGCCGACGCCGAGAAGUACAAGGCUGAGGACGAGGCCGCUGCUGAGCGCAUCAAGGCCAAGAACGGCCUCGAGUCGUACACUUACAACCUCCGCAACUCGCUCAACGAGGAGGCCUUUGCCAGCAAGCUCGACGCUGCUGACAAGGAGAAGCUCAAGAAGUCGAUUGACGAGACCAUCGAGUGGCUCGACAACACCCAGGAGGGCUCGAUUGACGAGUACACCGACAAGCAGAAGGAGCUUGAGGAGAUUGCCAACCCCAUCAUGCAGAAGGCCUACGGUGCUGGCGGUGCUCCCCCGCCCGGCGGCGAGGCUCCCCCUGCUGAGGACGGCCCUCAGGUCGAGGAGAUCGACUAA